AUGGUUCCCGCCACCCGGCAAAUGACGAGUGCAGCCGUCUAUGCCCACCUUUUGGACAACGUACUUCUUCCCCAAGGGCAUCCUAUCCGUCUCAGUUUUGAGCAGCAAGGAUAUGAAUCGGCUGAUGAUCUCCUGUGUAUUUUUGAGAAUGAACUUGAGUCUCUUGGAUACACUCCUUCUGUCCUUCCCGACGGCCCGGAAAACCCGCCUACCAUUCCCCUUCUCAUGGCGCACCGACAGAUCAUACGUCAUUUCUUGCGCUGGCAGGCAUCUUUGGAACAACAAAAGGGGACACCUUUGAAGAACUCCGAGCUUGUUGCACUUAACAAUGAAGAUUUUGUCAUUUACCGUCGCUCAGCCCUUGGUCAAGUCUCGACAGCAACUGCACCGGUUAAUGCUUCCCCAACUGUUCAGAGCCCCAUAGGAAAGACACAUUUGGCUGUUGAGGACUUCAAGCGUGGGAUCAAACGUGACAAAACUCACUAUCCCGUGCUUAAAGAUGAUCGGUACUGGGACAACUUUUAUCGGUCGUUUGUUGUUACUGCCGUAACACAUAACGUUGACAAAGUUCUAGAUCCGACGUACAUCCCUACCAAUCCUUUGGAGAAAUCCCUUUUUGAAGAACAGAACAAGUUUGUAUAUUCUGCUCUAGAGCAUACUCUCCAGACGGACAUGGGCAAGAACAUUGUACGCGAGCAUAGUUUCGACUUCAAUGCCCAGGAAGUUUUCCGUAAGGUUGUGAAACACUACACAGAGUCCGCUAGCGCGAAGAUUAGUUCGUCUACUACCCUGGGAUACCUUACAACUGCAAAGUACGGAUCGUCAUGGACUGGCACAGCAGAAGGUUUUAUUCUUCACUGGAAAAAUCACUUGCGCAUCUACAACGACACUGUUCCUGCUGGUGAACAGCUCCCUCAGCAACUAUGCCUUAGUCUUUUGGAGAAUGCUGUUCAUGAUGUACCUGAGCUUCGACAGGUAAAAAUCACUGCAACUCUUGACUUAGCAAAGGGAGGUAAUCCUAUUAGCUAUGAUGGUUAUCUCAGUCUACUACUCGCAUCGGCAUCACUCUACGACAACGGCAAUAAUCUAUCUAAUUCUCGUAGUGGCAAGAACAAGCGCAACAUCUAUGCUAAUGAACUAGAGUACAAUCCGAUGGAUUUUGAGAGUAAACCGGAUGUAGACUAUGAUAUAGAUGUGUCACCGACCGCAAUCUACAAAGCCAAUGCUCAUGCCCGUAACAGCAGUUCCCGGAGUCGUACUCCGGCAGCUAAUCGCGAGCGACCUUACAUCCCUCGUGAAAUGUGGAACCUACUCUUCGACGAUGCCAAAGCCAUCCUCCAAGGCUUAAAAGCCCCCGGGAAGCAGGCCCCAUUGAAUAAUAGUUCGCCACACCAAUCGUUGCAGACCAAUACGCACGAUACCAUUGGCGCGGAACAAAUCACAACGGACACCUUCCAUGAUUGCGCACCCGAAACUGAAUUGCUUGCCCACCUGACUGAGCGUGUUAGUCGCAUGAGCGACGGCGACAUACGUAACGUUCUUGCCGCAUCUCGUGAUGGUCCCCCCUAUGAUGAGCCCAAACCACUGCAAUCUAACGUACUUCAAUAUCAAGUGUCUCGUCACAACGUCAUUGAAACUACGGCAGCCCUCGUCGACCGUGGAGCCAAUGGAGGUCUUGCCGGCAGUGAUGUCAUGGUCUUGCACAAAACAGGUCGUUCUGCAACCAUCACAGGCAUCAACGAUCAUACCUUGUCCGAUUUGGACAUUGUCACCGCUGCUGGCUACACUGAAUCCCAAAAUGGCCCCAUCAUUCUCAUUAUGAACCAAUACGCCCAUUUGGGACAGGGUAAAACUAUCCACUCCAGUGCACAGCUUGAACACUAUCGCAACCAUGUCGAAGACCGUUCCCGUACCGUAGGAGUUAACCAGCGAAUUGUAACAUUGGACGACUACAUCAUCCCAUUGCACAUUCGACAAGGACUCGCGUAUAUGGAUAUGCGGCGCCCUACCGACAAGGAACUUGCGUCCCUUCCACACGUUGUCCUAACCUCCGACGUCGACUGGGAUCCCUCCGUACUUGACCACGAAAUUGAUCUCGCGACCUCUUGGUAUGAUGACAUAUACGAUUUGCCUCAAUCACCUUACGUCGAACCAUGUUUUGACCAUACAGGCAAAUACCUCCAUCGUCACAUUUCCUUUUGCAACCAUCGCGAUGACGCCGUUGACCGUGUCUUAUAUUGCCAACAGCACCUCGUCACGAAAAAUGUGCAAGAUUAUGAGGCCCUUCGUCCGUGUUUUGGAUGGGUCUCUGCUGAAACCGUUCGCAAGACCAUCAUGGCGACCACGCAGCAUGCACGCGAAGUAUAUAACGCUCCGUUACGCAAACAUUUUAAGUCUCGCUUUCCCGCUCUAAAUGUACACCGUCGUAAUGAACCAGUUGCUACCGAUACCAUUUGGUCCGACACCCCUGCUGUCGAUAAUGGUGCUAAAUUUGCACAACUUUUCGUUGGUCGACGGUCCCUUGUCACCGACGCUUACCCCAUGAAAACUGAUAAAGAGUUUGUCAAUACCCUUGAGGACCAUAUCCGUUACCGGGGUGCCAUGGACAAAUUGAUUAGCAAUCGUGCCCAGGUUGAAAUCAGCAAAAAGGUCACCGAUAUUACACGCGCAUAUAAUAUCGACCAGUGGCAAAGUGAACCAAACCAUCAACACCAAAACUUUGCCGAACGUCGUAUCGCCACUAUCGAGGCUAAUACCAACAACAUUCUCAAUCUUUCCGGUGCCCCUGAUUCCGCCUGGUUACUUUGCGUGACAUAUGUUUGUUAUGUUUUCAACCAUUUGGCACAUGAUUCACUAGAUAACCGCACUCCCCUUGAAGUCCCCACCGGCUCCACGCCUGAUAUCAGUGUUCUCCUUCAGUUUCAUUUUUGGGAACCGGUCUAUUAUAAGCUCGAAAAUGCGACAUUUCCUUCUGGUGGUACUGAACAACAAGGACGUUUUGUUGGCAUCGCCGACUCCGUCGGCGACGCUCUCACUUAUAAGAUCCUUACCCACACCACCAAUCGCAUUCUUCAUUGCUCUAGUGUCCGUUCUGCGACCAUUCCCGGACAAACCAACCUACGCCUUACGCCACAGGAUGGGGAGAGUGGUCCUAAACCCAUCAACUUUAUCAAGUCGCGUAGAACCGAAAACAAAAAUUCCUAUGCCAUUAAGGAGUUGCCUGGUUUCACACCUGAUGACCUUAUAGGUUGUACGUUCCUCACCGACACUCGGGAUGAUGGGGAGCGUUUGAAGGCACGAAUCACGCGGAAAAUAUUGGACCCAGACAAGCCCUCGGAUGUAAAGCAUACAACGAAAUUCUAG